GAGGGUACAGCUGUCUGAUACCCGCUGAAUAGAAAGGAAAGCAGGAAGAAAGAAAGAAAGAAACUCUGGACCCUUUCUUCUCUUUUACCUUCUUCGAAUACGAAAGUCUUAAGGAAGCUUGUUUUGAGCCACCGACUCUACGCUUGAAUACCUUGGUCUAAGGGUGCUGUGUUUUCCCUAGGAAUAUAAGAAAAACAAAACAAAAAAGACAACAGCCCUUUUGGAGAGAAACAAAGAACUUUCCCCGAGCCCGGGAGCGCAGCCCCAGAGCGCCAGCAAACCCGAGUGGAUUUCCAUUCUUUUCCAUUCCACAUCAAAGAAAGGAGGUGAUUUAAACCGCUUCCCCCCCCCCCUUUUUUUGUUUGUUUGCCAGCUGCAUUGUUUCGGUCUAUACUCUUGAGCGCUAGCCGAGUGGACUCCUUCUCGCAUUCCCCCACUCUCGAUUUUACCACCUUUAGCGCGCUGGGGGGACUCCCUCGAGCAAUGGUCAACAUGGAAAUCUGUGCCCUGGACUGCGAGAGCUUGAGAGCGCUGCUGCAGGAGCGGGCGGCUCAGUGUCUGGUUCUGGACUGCCGCUCUUUCUUCUCCUUCAACUCCUCGCACAUCCUGGGCUCCUUCAACGUGCGCUUCAGCACCAUAGUCAAGAGGCGCGCCAAGGGCGCCAUGGGGCUGGAGCACAUAGUGCCCAACGAGGAGUUGCGGAGCCGCUUGCUGGCUGGCCUUUACCACGCCGUGGUGCUCCUGGACGAACGAAGCCCAGAGCUGGAGUUGUCGAAGAGGGACAGCACCCUUAUGCUGGCCGCCAGCGCCCUAUGUAGGGAGGCUCGCGCAGCGCGCAUCUGCUUUCUCAAAGGAGGAUACGAAGCUUUCUCCUCUGCCUGUUCGGAAUUGUGCAGCAAGCAGUCCACACCUAUGGGUCUGAGCCUACCUCUGAGCUCCAGCGUCCCCGGCAGUGCAGAAUCAGGGUGCAGCUCUUGUGGCACACCACUCUAUGACCAGGGUGGUCCAGUGGAGAUCCUGCCUUUUCUAUACUUAGGCAGUGCUUAUCACGCAUCCAGGAAAGACAUGCUGGAUGCUCUGGGGAUCACAGCUUUGAUCAACGUCUCUUCAAAUUGCCCCAACCAUUUUGAAGAUCAUUACCAGUACAAAAGCAUCCCUGUGGAGGACAAUCACAAGGCUGAUAUAAGCUCCUGGUUCAACGAAGCCAUUGACUUCAUAGACUCUAUAAAGAAUGCAGGAGGAAGGGUGUUCGUUCACUGUCAGGCUGGUAUAUCCCGAUCAGCCACCAUCUGCCUAGCUUACCUCAUGAGGACCAAUCGGGUCAAACUGGAUGAGGCCUUUGAGUUUGUGAAGCAAAGAAGAAGCAUCAUCUCCCCCAACUUCAGCUUUAUGGGUCAGUUAUUACAGUUCGAGUCCCAAGUCCUUGCUCCUCACUGUUCAGCAGAAGCGGGAAGUCCUGCCAUGGCUGUACUUGACAGAGGGACCUCCACAACCACAGUCUUUAAUUUCCCUGUCUCCAUUCCCGUCCAUUCUUCCUCUAAUGCUUUGAACUACCUUCAGAGCCCAAUGACCACUUCCCCAAGCUGCUGAGAGACUCAGGGAAGUUACUCGAGAACCACAUAAGGAGCUUGAGGCUCCUUCUGUCUAAAACAAAGUGCAAUAACUCUAGGGGAUAAUGUCUCAGUUUUGUUAUAAUGUCGUCCGGGUUGAACUCUUUCGUGAACUUCACACUUGAGAACAACAUGGGUGAACUGGACCGAACUGACUCUAAGGUUCAUUUCUGCUCAAUUCUGAAGUGUGUGUAUUGGACCAAUGUUUAGUUGGUACAUCAGGUUCCUUUGGAGAGAAGCAAAAGAAAAAAAGACUUUCAUAGCUCACUUUGUGGGCUGAUCCUAGUGGCCUCUCUUCUUAGAACUUUAGUCUUUGUGCUUGACAAACCUACCAGUAUUACUAUUUCUGGACACUUAGCCAGCAGAAGAGGCUGUUCCCCUUUGACGUCUAUAUAUAUAUUUAUAUAUAUAUAUAUAUACACACACACAUACACACAUAUACAAUGCAAAAGUUCCCAUUAUUUAUUUGUGUAGAUGUGUUCAGCUUUCACAAACCUCAGAUUCCACUUCUAGAAAAACCAAAUACCUCAAUUUUUUUUUGUGUUGGAGUACUGUAAUCCUGUAAACACAUCUUUAAAUGACAUUUGUUCUCUUAGCACUGACGGAAAAGCACCAGGCAAGAGUGCUUUUUUGAGUUGCCAAGGUUGGUUGUAUGUUUGCUGAUUAUUUAUGACUUGAAAUAAUAUAUUUCUUCUUCUGAGAAGACAUUUUGUUACGUAACAAUGACUUUUUUUAUACAAGCAGAAUAAAUUAUGACAUUUCUAUUGAAAUUUAA